UUCAAAACAAAAGUGUCAAGACAUCGUCAGUUUUAUUACCGGUAUUUAUUAUUUAUUAACUAUUUUUCAAAUAUAAAUUAAUAAAAAAAACUAUCAAUUAUUAGUAAUUAAUUGAAAUACUUGAUAGCAAUUAUUAUUUAUAUAUAAAUAUAAGAAAAUGGACGAGUCAAUGUCUAAAUUAGACAUAAGUAAGGUUAAGAAAGACAUUUUACAAGCAAUAACUGAUUGUUACCAACGCGGUUUGUUGCACACGACAAAAUGGCUCGCAGAAUUAAACUAUUCAUUAAAAAACGUCGUUGUAAAUGAUCCAGAUGUAACCCAAGAAUUAAAUUUCGUCGAUACUUCCGUUGAAGAGGACACUUAUAUUUUAGCAAAAAGUUAUUUUGAUCUAAAAGAGUACGAUCGAGCAAGUUAUUUUAUUAAAAAUAACAAAACAUCUAAAUCAAAAUUUCUCUAUUACUAUUCGCGUUAUUUAUCAACUGAAAAAAAGAAAAUGGACGACAUGACCGAUGUACCACCAGACCCAUUAAAAAACGAUGAAUUAAAAUCUCUAUGCUCUGAUUUACGUAAUGAAAAUUUAUCAAAUAAUUUAGACGGUUUUGGUUUAUAUUUAUAUGGCGUUACAUUAAAAAAAUUGAUGUUAACACAUGAAGCCAUUGAUAUUUUAGUUAAAUCAAUCCAUGAGUAUCCAAUGCAUUGGGGAACUUGGUUAGAAUUAUCACCUCUUAUUGGCGAUCGUGAAAAAUUAGAAAGUUUAAUUUUACCAGAUCAUUGGAUUAAAAAAUUUUUUAUGGCUCAUAUGUAUUUAGAGCUGCAAUUACUCGAUGAAGGUCUUGCUCUUUAUUACGAUUUACAAUCAAUGGGAUUUGAAAAAAACGGUUAUAUUUUAGCGCAAAUAGCAAUUGCUAUUCAUUAUAAAAGAGAUGCAGAAAAUGCUAUUGAUACUUUUAAAAAAAUAAUAAAAGACGAUCCCUAUUGUCUGGAUAAUAUGGACACAUAUUCAAAUUUACUUUACGUAAAAGAGAUGAGAGUCGAAUUAGCAUACUUAGCACAUCGUGCUACGGCUAUCGAUAAGUAUCGUUUAGAAACUUGCUGUAUUGUCGGUAAUUAUUACAGCUUAAGAUCCGAUCAUCAGAAAGCUGUUAUGUAUUUUCAUCGAGCGUUGAAAUUAAAUCCCCAGUAUUUGUCUGCCUGGACGUUACUAGGACAUGAGUUUAUGGAACUGAAAAAUACUAAUGGAGCUAUUCAUAGUUACAGACAAGCUAUUGAAGUUAAUAGAAAAGAUUAUCGUGCUUGGUAUGGUCUAGGACAAACAUAUGAGAUACUAAAGAUGCCAUUUUAUGGACUAUAUUAUUAUAAACAUGCGCAGAGAUUAAGGCCACAUGAUAGUAGAAUGAUUUUAGCGCUUGGAGAAGCUUAUGAGAAACAGGAUAAAGUUCAAGACGCAUUGAAAUGCUAUUACAAGGCUUGCAAUGUUGGUGAUAUUGAAGGAAUGGCAUUGAUUAAAUUAGCAACAUUAUAUGAAAAUUUAAAUCAAGAAGAGCAUGCGGCUGCGGCUUAUACUGAUUUUGUUAUGGAUGAAUUUCGAAAUGCGGAUAGAAAUGAAUUGAGUCAUGCAUAUAAAUUUUUAACUCAGUAUCAUUUGAAGAGAGAACAAUUGGAUCAGGCAAAUCAUUAUGCGCAGAAAUGUUUACAAUUUGAUGAAACUAAGGAAGAAGCUAAAGCGCUGCUGAGGACUAUUGCACAGAAGAGGAUAAAUGUUGAGGAUAUGGUGGUCAUUGAAGAUAUGAAUGAAACUGAUCCGGUUGCUGACCAGGGCACGAGGGUUCCAGCUACGCCGGGGAAUCAGAUGUCACCAAUUAAUCUUUCGUUUACGCCUACGCAGUGAAUACUUUUAAGCUUAGAAUUAUAAGGAUAUUAUUUACUCCAAUUACAGUAUGGUAUGGAGACUUAUCAAAGCUUAUGAAAACUUUGUACUGGUUUGAUAAAAAUUUAUGUUUACAUGGAAAUUGUAACUAAAAUAUCAACUUUAUGGAAAAAUGCAAUCAGACCUUUUUUUAUAGAGAAUUUAAUUUCCUACAAAAUUUUUCUCAUACAUUUUUAUCAUAUCUUUGAUAGUUUAGCAGUAAUUAUAAUUUUAAGUUAAACAACAAUAAAAUUGUAUUUUUUCUAAUGUAAAAAUAAAUAAAAUUAUUAA